AAAUCCGUUCAGCUCGCGUCUAGGCCGCGUGUCCCCGGGCAGCCUCGACAUGGUGCAGGCCUGGUACAUGGACGAGUCCGAGGAGGACCCGCAGCUGCCUCACCGCGCGGAGCCCAGCCGCCCGGUCGACCUGCAGCAGCUGAACCAACUCGGGGUCCUUUACUGGAAGCUGGAUGCUGACAAGUACGAGAAUGAUCCAGAAUUAGAAAAGAUUCGAAAAGAUAGAAAUUAUUCUUGGAUGGACAUAAUAACCAUAUGCAAAGAUAAACUACCAAAUUAUGAAGAAAAGAUUAAGAUGUUUUACGAAGAGCACUUACACUUGGAUGAAGAGAUUCGCUACAUCUUGGAAGGCAGUGGGUACUUUGACGUAUGAGACAAGGAGGACAAGUGGAUCCGGAUUUUUAUGGAGAAAGGAGACAUGAUAACUCUUCCUGCGGGAAUUUAUCAUCGUUUCACAUUGGAUAAAAAGGACUACGUGAAGGCUAUGCGGCUGUUUGUGGGAGAACCUGUGUGGAAGGCGUACAACCGACCUGCUGACCAUUUCGAAGCUCGGGAGCAGUAUGUGAAAUUUUUGGCACAGACAGCAUAGCAGUGCUCCUGGAGGCCUCACACACCCCUUCACCCCUGGGGAGGGUCUUGACGUAAUAAUUGCUGAAAAAUUUAUCAUUUUCCUCCUGACUUUUAUCCUAUAGACUUGCAGCUAGGCAAAGUUAAUGGAAGGAGCUGUUAUAUCUGGUUUUAACAUGAAAACCACUGUGAAAACAAAAAAAUUAUGUUCAUUUUCUCUAAUUCAAGAGGGAGAUUUGUUGUCCAGUGCUAGAAUGUCUUCAACUUUAAUCUGAGUCAGUCUUAUCUCCUCUAUGUAGCUGCUUGGUGGUAUCGCUUGGACCUGGUACUUGA